GUGCAACUCGCCGGUGACUGUCCGGUAGAGAGCGUUUUCCGACCUCACCCCGUUAUUUACUUACUUUUCCGACCGGCGGAUGAUGCGUUCUCCCGCAUUUCCAUAAUGUGUUCCAGCCACUCUCUGGUCGGAGAAUAGCCUUAGCUCUUCAGCAUAGCUUCCAAAAAUCAUCUCCACCUUUCUCUCCUUCCUUCUAUGGCAUCGGCUGUGUUUCCCGGCAGAAGCGGACAGAAGUGGGGUGGUGCACCGGCGAACCCUACAAGCAAACCUUGUUUCAGCGGCCACAUCAACCCUAACUCCAGCUACAACUUCAACCGCCAUGAUAAUUCCAGCCAAAAUUUGAAGUCGCUGCACUUUAAUGGUCCGUUACCGUUUCCUGCUCCAGAGUGUUGCUCGCAACCCAUGGGUGCUGACAGAGCACGGCCUUCCAUUCGGACGCCUGGUACUAUCAUCGGCUGCAGAGACUUGUUCCGGAAAGAAUAUGUUGCUUACAAUCUGGCCUCCUAUUCCAGAAUGCAGUUGUAUGAGCUGAAACAACGCAUAGUUUCUGAUCUGAUUAGGGUUCGGCGCGUUCUGAAGCGGAUGGAGACUCGAGAGUUGGAAUGUGGACCUCUGCCCUCGGAUUCUAAGUGUAGAAAAGCUGCUCCAAAACUUCCAGUGCCGCCUAAGCUGCCGCCAUGUCUUCAAGUAAAUCAGAACUAUGCAUUGAAUAAUCUGAAUCAGAAGCAACCACUAAAUGCCGGAAAUGAGCUAGGUGCGCUCGAUAAACCCUCAGGGACAAAGCGAGGAUGCAAUUUCACUUCAGAUAGAGAUUGCAAGCGGCCGGCUGUGAAAAGGAAGGGCUCAAAGAUCAGUAAUCAGAUGGUGAUGAACAGGUGCAAACUGAUAUUGCAAAAACUGAUGGUUCGAAAGCAUGCAUGGAUUUUUAACAAGCCUGUGGAUGCCAACCGUUUGAAGCUUCACGAUUACAAUCUCAUCAUCAAGCACCCAAUGGAUCUUGGAACUGUAAAAUCAAAACUGCGGAGGAAUGAAUACACAACACCUCAAGAUUUUGAAGCAGAUGUUAGACUGACAUUCAACAACGCUCUGGUUUAUAAUCACAAGGGGGGACAAGUGUAUGCCUUAGCAGAAUUGUUUCUUAAGAACUUUGAAAACAUGCUUAAGACUGUUACACCACAAAAAAUGAUUUGUGAUCCUCAAGAGCAAAAUCACCUUGACAGAAAAUCCAACCCAUCAAGCUUGCAGUCCAUGGUGUUAAAUCCUCCAGUUUCAAACCAAGUUUUAAAAUACUUUCCACAUCACUUUGUAUCGCCCAUAUCUGGAAAGUUGAUAAAGCCUGUGGUUAAGGAUCAGAACAAAAGGAAGAUGACUUUUAAAGAGAAGGCGAAGUUAGGUUUGAGCUUGCAGAACCUUCCACAAGAAAAGAUGGAACAGGCUUUGCAAAUUCUAAUGAAGAGAAAUAUUUCUUUGCCAGAGGAGGGUGGUGAGAUUGAUCUUGAUAUUGAAGUUCUUGAUAAUGACACACUCUGGGAGCUAGACAUGUUUGUGAAUUCACAGAAGAACUCCUUAAGCAAUGUGAAGAUGCAAUACAUUAGUGAGCUCCCAAAAGUUGUGCCCAUCCCACAGCGUAAAGAGGAUGAUGCUGAAGAAGAGGAAGUUGAUAUUGGGGAGGAAGUUCUGAACAGUGACUUUCCCACAGUAGAGAUUGAGAAGGAUGAUGUUUGUGGAACAAGUAGCUCAACUACCUCAAACUCCAGCAAUUAUUCUUCUUCCAGUGAAUCAGGAAACUCUUCAGGAAGUGCCUCCGAGGACAGUGUGAGGUCACCCUAUAUUGAGCCAAAGAAGCUUUUAAUUUCUGAACUCUGAUGGGCUUUGAUGCUUGGGAAUGGUUAAGCUUGACAAGUGCUCAUCAACAGAGGUUUUGUACUUGCUAAGCUAGAGAAUGUGUAGAACAAUUUAAUGAGGAAAUUCUCUGGUAGGAUUUGGAUUAUGGACCUUAACUUUUUGUUUGUUUACAGAAAUCACCACAUUAAUUUUAGUGGUUGAAAAACAUAGUAGAAGCACAUGUACAAAGUAAUGAUCAACCUAAAAAGCUGCAAAUGGACUCUAUGAGCUAGUGUGAUGACUGAUGACUCUUCUAUUUCAGACUCCUUGGGGUGAUAUAAGAGAUUAAUGUGAUG